AAAUUAAACAACAUCAUCGUAUUUCCACAACGAUAGCUUAUUGUUAAAAUGUCUCACUAUCAAACACGGAAGCAGCGGCACUACUGGAUUCUAGGAAUCUUUCUGUUCAGUUUAGUUUCAUGCCAUGAAGUUGUGCCUUCAAGUCAUCAGGAUACUCCAGGUGCAUCAACCUUAAAGAUAGAGGCCAAAGAAUCCGAGGCAUCGAUAACUCUGGGAAAGGAUCUAGUUCUCGGUCCACCUUUGUCGACCAAAGCAUCUAUCGUUAUCGACGCAAAUGACGUCGCGUCCACAAAAGUUGCUCCCUUCGUAACUCCCACGAUCGUUAAUCGAGUAUCUUCCGGAGAGCAUGGCGUUUCUCGAAGACCUGUUUCGAAAGAUACCAGCUCUCGGAGCUCUUACGUCAUAGACAGUCACAAGUCUUGGGCCGGCAAGAACCCAAAAACCGCUUGGAAAAAGGAUAGUUAUCUCCAGGCAUUGAUGCACUCGCAUAACAGUGAUGAUCCACGAGAAGGAAUCGUGCAGACAGACUUAAAGACGAAAGUAAAUAGAAGAGAGUACGUGCAGGGACCCAUUUACAAACCGGAAACGGAAUAUGAUUCGUCUGAUUUAGCUUACACGUCGAAGAGCCCGCGUAUCACUUACGGUGGGCCCAAUGUCCCUUCGCCCACCGAUUCUUAUUCUCAAUCCUUCAGACCAUCAAUGGACUACAGCGAUCGCUAUAGUGUACCGCAGAAUUCUUAUGGCCUGUCACAGAAUUACGGUCCACUGAAUAACAAUCCCUCAUUUUAUCCCCAGAUUUCUUCACAUGGACCAUCCGGAAACUAUUUGCCGCCCCAACAAGGAUAUGGACCUUCUAUACACACUUCCGCUUCGACUCCGGUCUACGGCGCGCCCUAUGCACUUCCGGAUGUGGCUCACAUUUCUCUUUUGCCGAGCAUUGAUCUAGGAUUGCCGCUCGCUCUCAAAUUGAACGCAUUCACUAUUGCAAAGAUCAUAUUGAAGUUGGUGAUCUUUAAGAUGAUCGUGAAAUUUAUCGCUGUAAUCUGCUUACUGCUCUUUAUACCUAAACUUGAGAUCAUCAAGAAGAAGGUCUCUAAUAAUAAAGACGACGACGAUGAAGAACGAAAUUUCUCAUCUCCAUAUGCUAGUUCGGAAACUCUAAACAAUCUCGAAAAUGUAGUAAGAAGUUCCGUUGAGAAGUACGAAGUACAAAAUGAUGCACGUUCAAAUUCGACAGAGAAAUGCACGACACUUGUAUGUCGCAUUACUGAGAUAUUUACAUCUCACGAAUCUUGGCAAGAGUAUUUAAAUUUAUUCAAGAAUUAUAUGGAAGAAGAGAGGCAACUCACAAAACAAAAAGAGUAGUGAAAGAUUUACGUUGUCAUUAAGUUGCGUUCUCAUCUCUUUUUCUCUCUCUCUUUCUCUC